GGGUUUUUUGAACAGCUUGACUUACUAGACACUUAAAGUCAGAAUGGCUUCAUUUCCGCUGCAUCAUUUUUAGCUCUUCUCUUUUAAAAUACGUCUCUUUUCUUUGAGCCUCGGUGCAGCAUGAAAUAUCUGAAAUAUCCCUUUAAAUGAAAUCUAAUUAAAUGCGCGUUUCUCAUUCUCCACUCUUUUUAUUUUGUGGAUGAUAAUUUACAGCCCCAGCUGUAAUAGUAGCGGUGCGCCUUUAACCAGCGUGCGUGCGCACAUGCGUAAAAGUGUAGUAGGUGGCCGCGCAUGGCAUCUCGGCGCCUGCUUGCGCUCUGCCGUCCUCUGCCGCUGGGUCGCUGAUGAUGCCGAGCGGAGCGGGGCGCUCGUACGUUUCUGUGUGCGGCCACAACCGCAGUUGCCGAGGUUGAAGUCGAAUGAAACGGGAGGAGGGAGCCUGAAAUGUGGAUAACGAUGGACGCUCGGAGCAGUUUCUCAUCGCCCGGACAGCUGUAACGUCGGCGGGCAGGACGCGUGGAUUUAUCAAAGGGUUGACGUUCAGGGCUUCACUUGUGACAUUCAGUCAGAGUCAGAAUGAUCGAGGAAGGCAGUAAACGAGGCAAGGCCAUGGUGGAGAAGAGACAGCUCUUCAUGGAAAUGAGAGCUCAAAACUUUGACGUCAUCAGACUGUCAACUUAUAGGACCGCCUGCAAGCUGCGGUUUGUGCAGAAGAGAUGCAACCUUCAUCUAGUGGAUGUCUGGAACAUGAUCGAAGCCUUUCGCGACAACGGGCUCAACACGUUGGACCACAACGCUGAGAUCAAUGUGUCGCGGCUGGAGACUAUUCUGUCUUCCAUCUACUACCAACUCAACAAGAGGCUUCCCACCACACACCAGAUCAAUGUGGAGCAGUCCAUUGGGCUACUGCUCAACUUCAUGGUGGCCACUUACGACAGUGAAAGCCACGGGAAACUGACCGUUUUCUCCAUGAAAGCCAUGCUGGCAACAAUGUGUGGUGGGAAAAUUGUGGAUAAACUACGCUAUAUUUUCUCACAGAUCUCCGACUCGAGCGGAGUCAUGGUGUUUGCCAAGUUCGAUCAGUUCCUCCGGGAGGUGCUGAAGCUCCCCACGGCCGUGUUCGAGGGUCCAUCGUUCGGGUACACGGAGCAUUCGGUCCGGACGUGCUUCCCUCAGCAGAAGAAGAUCAUGCUGAACACGUUUUUGGAUGUGUUGAUGGCAGAUCCUCCUCCUCAGUGUCUCGUGUGGUUGCCACUCAUGCACCGACUUGCUAAUGUUGAAAAUGUCUUCCAUCCGGUGGAAUGUUCUUAUUGCCGGAGCGAGAGCAUGAUGGGUUUCCGGUAUCGGUGCCAACAGUGCCACGGCUACCAGCUCUGCCAGAGCUGCUUCUGGCGCGGCCAUGCCAAUGGUCCCCAUAGCAACCAGCACCAGAUGAAGGAGCACUCGUCCUGGAAGUCUCCGGCCAAAAAGCUGAGCCACGCAAUCAGUAAAUCCCUGGGCUGCGUCCCCAUCGGAGAGCCGCCGCAUCCUGUGUUCCCCGAGCAGGCCGAGAGACCGCAGGAACUCACCCACACUGUUCAGCCGAAACCGGUGGCCAACAACAUGAACGACACAAUGCUCAUGUCCUCCGGGGCACCUACUCCUACCAAAAGUGUUUUGGAGAGCCCCAGCCGGCUGGAUGAAGAGCACCGACUCAUCGCUCGGUACGCGGCUCGACUGGCAGCGGAGGCGGGAAACUCCACGUGUCCUCCAACAGAUCUGAGUUUCAACUUCGAUGCCAAUAAGCAACAGAGGCAGCUGAUUGCAGAGCUGGAGAACAAAAACAGGGAGAUCCUGCAGGAGAUCCAGAGGCUGCGUUUGGAGCAUGAACAGGCCUCACAGCCGACGCCAGAAAAAGCCCAGCAGAAUCCCACGCUUCUGACCGAACUGCGGCUCCUCAGGCACAGGAAGGACGAGCUGGAGAGGCGCAUGUCAGCCUUGCAAGAAAGCAGACGGGAGCUGAUGGUGCAGCUGGAGGGGCUCAUGAGGCUGCUGAAGGAUGAGGAGCAGAAGCAGGCUUCGCAGUCUGGCGGCUCCCCUCAUUCUUCUCCAAGUCACGGCGCGGGCUGCUCCAUGCCCAUGCCCAUACGCUCCACCUCGGCUGGGUCCACCCCAACGCACACCCCGCAGGACUGCCUGGCCGGGGUGGGAGGGGACGUGCUGGAGGCCUUCGCUCAGGGUGUACCUAGAAAUCUUCGGAAUGAUCUUUUAGUUGCUGCUGACUCAAUCACAAACACCAUGUCAUCGCUGGUGAAAGAGCUCCACUCUGUAGAUGACGGGGGGGAUGAAGAGGAGACCAACAUGAGGAACGGUGGAGACAGAGGCACAGUCAGAGUACACAAGCACUGAGGGAAAGAGAGCACCAUCCCAUCCUGUAAGGACAUACGGUCAUCACCUGGGAAGACUCAGUAACAACAACAACAACAACAACAACAACAAGAACCCCCUGGCAUUAGCACGUAGAGUAAUGCAUGCUGUAAUCUAACGGGAUUUCACUAUGUGAAAAAAAUGUUUCUUGACACCUUGCAGGUAGCAAGACGUGUCUAAUUAGCAAGUGUGUAUGUCGUCCUGUAAACAAAAACUGCUGUAAGUACCCAAUGAUUUCCCUCAUGACUGCUAAGGAAUGGCUUGCUGUGCUUUCUCUCCCAACCGUUCCAUUGCAGCAGAUCACUCUGUAUAUAAUAAUACUGUAAACACGUGACAUUGGGAAUGCCCCGACAUGACGGAGACCUCCUGUCACCACACGUUCCCUCUCACUGCUUUUUAUAUGAUUAGCGCUAGCAUUUCCUGUUUCUGUCUCAGUCCUUUUUGCAUGAAGUUGCACUCAUGUCUGGAUUUAGGUACUGUGCCAUGCUAUGCCAGCUUUCUGUGGGUUUAUGAUGACAACUGGGGUGUCAGAAAUGUCCUGCCUCAGAGCUCACACUGAGUGUGUUUACCUGCACAUCCGUAUUCUGGAGGUUGAAGUUCGCAGUAGCCAGGAUAUGCGCUAAUGUCCGUCAGCUUAGGGUACGAUUUUGAGACAUUAAUUAAUUUUCUUGCCAUAAAUUAGAUAAAAAGAAUAUCAUUGAAAGCAGGAGAAACAGCUGGUCUGGGUUUUCCAGAACGGUUUUUAAUCUUGUCAUCCCUGUCGGGAACCUGCCGAGCAUCUGGGAAGUCACUACUCCCGGACAAGAACUAGCAAAGCACAAAUCCCCCACAAAAUCUAGCUUAAUGAUUAUAAUUACACCUGAAAUGUAUAAAUGAAAGAUUUCAAAGGGGUUACAUACAGAAGGGAUUGUGGCUACCGUGAAAGUUGCAAGCAAAACCAAAAAAAUUGUUUUACACUCUUUUAUUUUUAUACUGUAGAUUAAACAACGGAAUCAUAGCCAAGCCAACCAUUAGCUCGCUCAUGUUCACUGUCUUUUUCUUGCUAAGCUAAAAGUCUGCAGGCUGUUGCUCAAACAUCGACCUCACGGAGCCGACAGUGGUAUCGAUCUUCUCCUCCAAUUCUUGGCAAGAACACAAACAUUUAAAAAUAAUAGUCGCAGCUAUUUCCAGUGGAGCAUUCACAAGCUGCUGUCCAGAAUACUGCGUGCACGCAAACACACUCGAGUCUCACACUUUUCUGCUGCUAAUGUGCUCUCUACGAGCCACCCUUGCAAAUAAGAGGGCUGCACGGUUAAAAAAAACCGAGGGGCUACUACAAACCACAAUAAGUCUCGUUGUUUCACCGAAUCACCUGAAGGGCGCUGUAAGGCUCGACGCAGCACACUGACUAGCUGGUGGCCCCGGUAUUUAUUAAUUAAAAGUAUAGGUACGCCCCUUCAGGGUGCUAGACGGUUAUGAAUUAGGAGUUUUAGCUGUGCGUUACAAAACGAACACCUAUAGAGUAGGUGUUAAGGUCGUAGUGAGCAAGUAGAAAAUGCUUUGAUAGCUUUAUUUAGUUAAUAACAGUAUUCUGAAAACGUGUAUGUGCAAUGAAGAUAGGUGCUCAGGGACUGCAGGGGGAAAAUAUGCUCGUAAUGUCCUUAAUAAAUGUAAGAAAUCACAUGAGGUUAAAGGUUGUUAAAGGUGAUUAAAAAUGAAGGGUUCAGUUCCAAAACGACUCCUCAGACAUGCUUGGGAUCACCGUUGUAAGAUUACGUGGAGACAUCCCAAAGCAGUUUUUAUAUUUUUACCGUCGUUUUACCUGUUUUCUUUUGGACUCUUUAAAUAUAUUUAGCGGAGAACAACAGCAAGUGAUUAAACGUGCAGUGAGGAAUACGGAUCAGAAGGAGGAGUGAGGUGUUUUCUGAAGUGCUAUUUGGUGAAGCAUGGAUAUAGUUUGUCUGUGUGUGUGUGUGUGCGUGUGAAUUUGUGUCUAAAAGCGGAAAAGCAAAGUGAGUCGUCCGUUUGUUGCAAAGGUUAGCGGUUAGAGGGGAGUCACGCAGAGAUGAUCAGGUCUUAAGUUACCUUUACAUUUACGUCUUCUGAUUCAAUGUUUUCGUCCCUUCAGGGAAGCCACUCGUCUCAAAUGAAUAUGAGCAAUGCCUGGUUAUUAGUGAGCGCAACGCGGUAAAGGUCUUGGGGGCUGUUUCAGAGCGAUGCGUUCGGUUCUAAAAGGAAGCAGUGGGUUCGAUAUGACUGAACUGAUGGUUUUCUGUUGUUUUGAGAUUUGUAUAUUAAGCCUAUCCUAUAAGCUAAGUUGAAGGUUUCAAUAACCUGUUACACUGUGUCAAGAAAAAGAACAAAAAAGAAGCUCUUCUGUUAAUGUCGUUCUAAAUGUGAUGUUUUCAUUCAGUUCUGCUGUUUGUUAUCAUUAUUGUUAUUAUUCCGGUUUUAUUAGUGGAGUGUAGUCAUUGUAAUGAGUUUGUCAAAAAUGCAGAUUCACUUGCACACUUUGCCCAAAUAUAAAUUGAUAUUUAGCUGGUACAACGGUUUAAAAUUCUGCAACCAGUGCUGUUUAAAAUUUAAAACGGCACGAGUCCAUUAAUGAUAAAUAUCAAAAGAGUCGCCGUCUUCCCCAUCAUUCUGACCACGCAUUUGAAUGCAAAACUUUCUGUUCUUUCAGUUUGUGCCUGUAGCUGUUCUGUAAAGUGCUGUAUAACGUGAGCAAAUAAGACGACCUAUCAGCCUUUAUGUCAGAGUUUGUGAAUUUGUAGAGAUUUUAUUUAUUUAUUCGACGUGUUCCGGGGGAAAACUUACGCUCAGCCUUUACAUUUGUGCCAAACCGUUUGCAGACAUUGUGUGUCAUACACGUCACAGGUAUAUAUGUAUAUAUAUAUAUAUAUAUCUGCAUUAGUAUGUCGUUGCCCAUAGUUUAUUCACAGAAUGCCUGGGGGGGUUGUUUGUAUUUAAUGAUUUCCUGCUGCUGAAAAUCUGCUGGAAAAACUCACACUUAAUAGCUAAUAAAAAUAGAAAACACAUUCCAGAUCUGCUGAUUGACAAGUCACUGAUGUCAUCUUAACCGAUGCGGAGGCAAUACUGUACGUGGACCCCGUCACACCAAAAACCCGGGGUCACACGAAUAAAACACUAGAGGUGCGUACAUUGUGAUCCUUUUAUCGUUUGCAGCGAGACGACGUGCAGAGAGGGUCCGACCCUCGACAACAGUGCUCCCCUGAUGUUAUUUAUCUAUGUGUGUGUUCUGUACGGUUAUGCUUCUGGUACUCAUUUGUUUCUCAUGUUGAUUUUACAAAACAUAGUUUUAUGUCACAAAGCCACUGUCUUUUGUAAAUAAAUCAAAUGUGAGAUAUAUUAAAAAGAUUUAAAAUAUG